AUGCUAGAUAGUACAACUAAUCUUAAAAGCCCUUAAUUUUAGAAAUCAAUUAAAUCAAAAUAAGAACUAUAAAGUUUCUAUCAUUAUUCAAAAAUUAUGAAAUUAAAAGAGUUGACUUAAAAACCAAGUCAAUUAUCUAUUAAUUAUAAUUUAAGUUAACAUAACUCUAUAGGAUUGCGAUAAAGUGAUCAUAUUAGCAAUUUUGAGUUUUUUAUUUAAUAGAAUUCUAGGCAUAAUUAUCAUAGACAAAUAAGAGAGUAAUAUUAAUAUCAUUCAUAAUCAGCAUUAACAAAAAAUUAGACUGAAAAAAUUAAUUGGUAGAAGCAUAAAGAAAAUUAAAAAAAAAUAGAAUAAGCUAUUAAUAAAUACAAAUUCAAUCAUUCUUUAGAAACUAAUUAAUAAUCAAUAACAAGAAGAAGAAUUUAAAGAUUAUCUUCAGAAACUUCAACUUAAUCAAAAUUCUUUAUUGAAUCAAGACCAACAUCUAAAUAAAGAACUUAACUCUAAAAUUAGAUUUUAUUAGAUUCAAAGUAAAAAAAAUAAUCAAUCAAAGCUGCAAGUACUUAACAUUAAAGUUAAAUUGAUUAAUAUGAUUAUGAAAUAUCUCCAAAAGAUUAAAACUUAGAAAAUUUAGUUAAUAAAAUCUUAGAUAGUAAGUAGGAAUAAUAAUCAGAGAUGAAUGAAGAUUAUGAAUCAAAUGUAGAAGAAGAAUAAGAGUUUGAAGAAUAAAUAAUUGAAAAUUAAAUUAUUAAUCAAAUAGAAGGAAGAUAAGAAUAAAUUGAAAAAUAAUUAGAUAAUAAUUUAAGAAGAUAAUUAUAAAGAAAUAUAGUUAAAUAGGACAAUAAAAAAAAUGAAUAGGUAUAACUCAUAAAUAAAUAAACAAAUCAAAAACUGCAAUAAACAAAAAAAAAAUUAAAAGCUUCAAUAUAAUAAUAACUUUUAUAUUAAAGCGAUUAAAUAUAAACUGUAGCACCUAUAUAGUAAAAGUAAUAAUCAGAAAUCUAAACUAUUCUUCCUCCCUAAAAAACAAAUGAUGAUAAACAAUUAAAAAAUAAUGAUGAAUACAUAAAAUAAUUAAGAGAAGAACAAAAUUUAUAUAAAUUAAAUUAAUAAAUAUUAUAAAAAGAAGAGGAGAAAAAUUAAUAAAUUAAACUACUAGAAAUACAGAAAAUAUAAGAGGAAAUUGAAAGAAAAAAAAAUAAAAAAGAAGAUUUUGUAUAUUAAUUUUAAGAAGAUAAUACAGAAGAAUAAUUUAUUAAAAAAUAAUAGUAAUUAAAAUUAGAUAACAUUGAAUAACAAAAAAAAGAAGAAGAAAGAUUGUUGAGAGAAUAAUAAUAAAAAAGAGAAAAAGAUGAAUAAUUAAAUAAAGCUAAAUAAUUAGAAGAAGAAAAAUAAAAAGAAAUUGAAGAGAAUAAAAAAAAAGAAUUAGCUUAACUUAUUUAAAAAUAAAAAAAUGAAAUUGAGAAAUAAAUUUAGGAAGAAAUGGCUAAAUAGCCUCCUAAAUUAGAAAAGUAAAAAAGUGUCUUAAUCAUUCCUAAAUAGGUUUUUUAAGAGAGAAAAAAAUCUUAAGAAGAAAUAGAAACUUCAAAUAGAUAAAUAAAAAGAGAAAUAGAAAGCAAGAUAUAAAAAUAAAAAGAGGAAGAAGAAAAAGAAGAAUUAGAAUAAUUAGAUUUUGUUGAAUACAUGUUGAGAUCAAAAAAUGUUUAUGAUGUGAAUUAUGAUGUAAUUCUUGUUUAUUUAGAUAUAGAAAUUUAAACUUUAUGAAGAUAAAUUGAAGAAAGUGAAAGAGCCCCCAAAUAAUUUGGAGGAAGAUGAAUUGAAUAUUUAUAAUUUCCUAAAAAAUUGGAAAUAAAUAAAUAAAAAAGGAUAAAUAAAAAUACUGAGUCUAUAAAUCAAAGAAAUUUAAGAAUCCACUAAAACUUGA